CGUGUUGCAUAUGGCUGUAAUAACCGGUUUUACAAAGGAUGUAAAAAGCAGUUUUUCAGGUUUCCUUUGAAAGAUCGUAAACGGCUCUAUGACUGGAUCGCCGCAAUUCGACGAAAGAACUGGAUGCCUUCAGAUACAAGUAGAAUCUGCAGUGAUCACUUUACACAUGAUGAUUAUAUGUUGCGUCCAGGUACUCAGAUUCCUCGGCUGAGACUAGAUGCUGUACCUUCUGUUUUUGAUGGCUUUCCAGAUGAUCUGAAAGAGCGGCUUAAAAGAGAAAAAGAGGAUAAGGAACGAAAAGAAGUGCACAAUAAAACAGAGGUUCAGACUGACGGAAAAAGACUUUGUGUGGCCAAUCGCUGUACUAAUCUGUUUUAUGAUGGCUGUGAAAAUGUGUUCUUCAGAAUGCCAAUGGAGAAUCCAGAACUACUGGGUAAAUGGGUGCUGGCGAUUCAAAAGAAAUAUUGGAAACCCACCGUUUCUUGCAGAAUCUGUAGCGAUCAUUUUACAGAGGAAGACAUUAUUGCUUGUCCAGGCACACAGGCUCCUAAGCUCAUAAGCAAUGCAGUGCCUUCCAUUUUCCAUGUUAAACGGAAAAGGAGAAGAAAGAAACGGAUGGCUGAACUUAUGGCAUCCAAACUGGGUCAGAAAGAAGAAUGCAUCAUUGAGGAUCAUACAUAUUCAUCAGCACAAACCAAUAGUGUCAAAAGGAGAAACCGUUUCAAUCCCAUCAUCAUAUGUCUUAACAAAACCAUAAAGACUCUGCAGAGACAAGUACAAAGGCAGCGACAAAGAAUCAGUAGCCUGUACGAGCUCAUUAAAGAAUUAAGAAAAAAGAACAAGGAGAGCACUAACAUUUGCCAAAUGCCACUUGAAAGUACUACGUGAACAGGAUGGUUAUUCACAAAGAGCAGGAAAUCAUUUUUAAGCUGUCUUAUCUUUGCUUUUUUUUUUACUGUUAUAGAUUCUGAAACACUGUUCUAAGGGAGAACAGUAUUUGUUCCUUUGUUCUGUUAGCUCUGUCUUCUAAAACAGUGUUGACUGUAUUUAUAUUUUCCCAAAAUCAAAAUUGAUUUUUAUAGGGGGCAUAAAAAAGUGAUAUAUAGUACUAAAAACAACAAUCUAUCAACUAGUUGAAUCAUAAUAUGUUCAUAUCCAUAAAACCAAAUUGUGACAGUGUGCAUGACAAUAUUAAAAUCAAUAAUAAUAAAA